AUGGUAUGGGGAAUAAAAUUUGAUCUUCCGGCAACCCCUUCUAACGCAAUAACCUCGAAAUGUAUUUCACAAUAUGUUAAUACUGAUACUUUGGUUGUAGUAACAAUUAAGAUUGGAGUUGGAUAUAAUCAAAUAGUAGAUGUAAAGAUAACUGAUAAUAGUCCUGCUCAUAACGAAUAUGGUGGUAAAAAAGAUAUUGAAGAGGAUACUCGUAUAGCUUUUACCACACAUGCCGAUGCAGAUGUUUCAAUUUGUUUUACGAAUUAUCUAGAUGAUGAAUUUCGUCCUGAUCCAAAAUAUCAUCGUACAAUUGAUUUGGAUAUUGAUGUGGGCGCCGAAGCUAUUGAUUAUGAUGCAUUAGCCAAAGCCGAAAAAUUAAAACCUAUAGAUGCUGAAUUGAGGAAAUUAGAACAAAUUGUUCAAGAAAUUGUUGAUGAAAUGGAUUAUUUACGAAAACGUGAAGCAAAGAUGAGAGAUACGAAUGAAUCUACGAAUGAACGUGUUAAAUGGUUUAGUCUUGGUAGUAUGAUCGUAUUUGUAGGUUUAGGAGGUUGGCAAAUCAUAUAUCUAAAAAAAUUCUUCCAAAAAAAGAGAUUAAUUGAUUAA